GAUGUUGGUUGACACUUCUUGUUAUCAUUAAAAUUUGUUCUUGUAGUCGUGUACUUAAAUUGUAAUAUUUUGGCUUGUUCUUUUAAUUUACGAAUUGUAUGUUAUAAAAUGGCACAAGAACUCAAAGAGCUUUGUCAGCUACUGUUUCCAGACAACCCUGAAGAGAAUGCAGAAUACUUCAAUGAAAUCACAGACUACAUAAAGAAAUUGGGAUCUCAGAAUUGGGAACACAUUCGCAAAGAGCCUGAAAGAUUGACUGAAGAGAUGAAACAGUUGACAGAACAGACUCAAGAACUUGCCUUUACUAAUUAUAAGACAUUUGUAGAGACUGCCGAGAUUUCGCACACAAUCAUUAAUGACUUGGCAAAGUCAAAAGAUUCACUUUCAUCCUUCUUGGAUAAUACACCAGUUUUCUUACAGGAAUGUGAUAAGUUUUCUCAAAUUGCUGGCAAUAUUGUCAAGGAGAAAAGUCGAUACAGUACCAUCCGUAAUCAAAGUGAUAAGCUUUUGGAGUUGUUAGAACUGCCAUCUCUAAUGCGAGAGGCACUAAACGCUGAGGACUAUGAGAGUGCACUGGACAUCUUUACAUUUGUCCGUAACCUUUCUAAAAGAUACUCAGAAAUACCAAUAGUGCAGAAUACAACUUCAGAAAUUAUGACUCUUUGGUUUGAAACUCUUUACCACCUUUUCAAUCAACUGCGGUAUGAUUUGCCAUUGCCGCAGUGCUUACAAAUUCUAGGCUACCUUCGAAGAGCGAAUACAGUGUAUAGAUCAACAGAUGAUGAUGAAAGCAGCAAUUAUACGGGCAGUCUUAAAGCUAAUAAUACUACUGUUGAUGGAUUACACGUACAUUUCCUGAAAGCAAGAAAUGCUUGGUUUGAAAAAGCUUUGGAAGAUGCCAAGAAUACUGAAGCAUCUGAAAGGCUGCUAAGAAGGAUUGUAGAACUUCACAGAAUUCAUCUCUUUAAUGUGUUGACCCAACAUAAGUCCAUAUUUCUAUCGGAUUCUCAGGAGUCUAAAAUCAAAGAUGAUGAAUUGAGUGGUACCAGUGCAUUAUCCUGUUGGUUGAAGUUGAAGGUGGAAAUAUUGGCACAAAUACUAAACCAAAAUCUGCCAAAAGAAGAUGAAGCCAGUUUUGAGUCCCUUUUAAAUCAGUGCAUGUAUCUCUGUCUAUCAUUUGGAAGAGUUGGCGCGGAUAUGAGGUGUGUCUUAACACCAUUGUUCCGCAAUAACAUUCUCACACAGUUUCAUAAUGGAUUAGAAAAAGCGGACAGUCAAUUUGAUAAUCAAAUGCGAUUAUAUAAAGUUCCUAGUAUAAAGAACGUACCACGGCCGAUAAACGAGGCGAUUUCUACAGGGCCACCAGAAAACUUGUUGGAUUACUAUCCCCUUGCUGAAUACUGCAAUGGCAUGCUCUCAGUACUGAACUCUAUGAGAGUCACAGCACCAUUGAAUAUUGUUAAAGAAGUAUACAAUGCAUUUAGAGAAUCUUUUAACAAAGCUGUUCAGGUUCUGCUGGCUUUCUACUACAGGGAGCAACAAAGCUUUACUGAUAUUGAAAAACAGAAUUUCAUGUCAUUGUGUGUGUGCUUUACUGAUGAUUUGGUGCCAUACAUUGCCAAGUGUUUGGCACAAUCAUUCCCUUCCACUCAAGUAGCAGAACUUUUGGGAGUUACCUUAACAGUUUUGCAAGAGAGCAACAUCUUGCAAGUUGACCAACAUUCUAUCUGUGAACCUCUAAGUUGUAUAACAGGAGUCACAGUUCAAUAGAUUAUAUUGUAUUCUAUAUGUAUUUAUUUUAACCUGUGUAAGUUGUAAGGCAUUGUUGAUUUAUGAUAUAAAUAAAUGUAACAGUUAAAAUUA